GAGUGCAUAGUCAGAUGAGAGAGGGAUCGGAGACAGAGAGCGGGGAGAGCUGAGACCAGAAGGGGCACAGAAGGAAGCGAGUGAAAUGACCUGUCGUGGAUCUGGAUGCCUGGGACUCAGUGGAAAUAAGCUGCCUUUCAGGGGCGAGCACAACGGCAAGCUGCUGCUGCUGGGAGCCCAGACCAAGCUAGUUCUCAGCCCCCCUCCCCUUCUGUUGCCCAAUCCCCCUCUUCUUCCCAGUCCCCUUCUCAGCCCCCCUCCCCUUCUGUCGCCCAAUCCCCCUCUUCUUCCCAGUCCCCUUCUCAGCCCCCCUCCCCUUCUGUCGCCCAAUCACCCUCUUCUUCCCAGUCCCCUUCUCAGCCCCCCUCCCCUUCUGUCGCCCAAGUCCCCUUCUCAGCCCCCCUCCCCUUCUGUCGCCCAAUCCCCCUCUUCUUCCCAGUCCCCUUCUCAGCCCCCCUCCCCUUCUGUCGCCCAAUCCCCCUCUUCUUCCCAGUCCCCUUCUCAGCCCCCCUCCCCUUCUGUCGCCCAAUCCCCCUCUUCUUCCCUGUCCCCUUCUCAGCCCCCCUCCCCUUCUGUCGCCCAAUCCCCCUCUUCUUCCCAGUCCCCUUCUCAGCCCCUCUCCCCCUCUCUUUACCAAUACCCCUCUCUGUCCCCCUCCCCCUCUGAAGGCCAAACUACCACUCCGGCCCCCUCCCCCUCUCUUUCCCAGUCCCCCUCUCUGGCCCACUCCCCCUCUGUUGCCCAAACAGCCUCUCUGCCCCCCUCCCCCUCUCAAUCAGACCCACCCUCUGAAAAAAGCACCCCAAUCCCUCCUCCUUCCCCAAUCCAGCCUCCUUCCCCAAUCCCUCCUCCAUCCCCAAUCCAGCCUCCUUCCCCAAUCCAGCCUCCUUCCCCAAUCCACCCUCCUACCCCCAUCCAGCCUCCUUUCCCCAUCCAGACCCCUUCCCCACCCAGUGAGUGGGCAGCAGAAGCCCCAGCGGAGAUUCUGGGGAGUCCGCAUGUGGCAGAUGAGAAUGGUGCCGUUGGAGAUCCCACAAGCCUGGCAGGCAUCGUGGCCAGCCUAAAGGCCCAUUUGCAGGCCAUGCUGACAGACCUAGAAAGGCUGCAAAAUUUCUGUUAAUUUUCAUUUGUUUGAUUUUUGAGAUAUUUAAAAAAAAAAAAAAAUAUUAAAAUAAUAAAAAAAUCGUUUUUACAGUUAA